AGAACUCUUUGGUUUUCUUUCUCCCUAUCGAGGUAUCACCACGCCUUGCGGCUUUCUUUCUCUCCCUUGCAUUCUCUCUCUCUCUUUGCGUCCAAUGGCGAUCGCGGGCUUAUUCGAGGAGUUCUCGAGCUGGAGCAUGGCUAUGGCCCUUGUGUUUCUCUUUCUCCUCUCUUGGCUGAUUCUCAGGUUCUUCUCCAGUCGUCUUCUCCGAUCGAGGAAUCUCCACUCUCUGCGGAUCGAAACCCCUUCUCCAAACGGCAAUCCUUCAAUGGGAAUUUGCAGUAUUAUAUCGGAUGAUGAUUUGAGGAACUUUAUGAGAGAUUUGGAAGGAACGUUUAAUGGUGAGACAUGGGAGAAUGUUGUAGAGAAAAAGAAUGGUCUGGUUUUCUACAGUGCAAAGUGCUGCAGACCAAGGGAUGGUGGUCCUCUGAAGUAUUUAAGUUUCACAAGGUUUGAGAAAUGCUGCACUGAGUUGUUGAGAGAUUUCUACAUGGACAAUGAGUACAGGAAGCAGUGGGACAAGACUGUAAUUUUUCACAAUCAGUUGCAGGUUAAUGAAAUUAGCGGCACAGAAGUUGGUCGAACUAUAAAAAAGUUUCCUCUCUUCACACCAAGAGAGUAUGUAUUAGCAUGGCGUGUAUGGGAAGGGCAUGACAAGACAUUUUAUUGCUUUAUUAAGGACUGUGAGCAUCCUCUUGCACCAUGGCAAAAGAAGUUUGUCCGAGUUCAAAACUACCGAUCUGGCUGGCGUAUCAGGAAAGUGCCAGGCAAUGAUGCAUGUGAAAUCACAAUGGUGCAUCAGGAAGAUGCUGGCAUGAAUAUAGAAAUGGCAAAAAUGGCAUUCUCCAGGGGAAUAUGGAACUAUAUGUGUAAGAUGAACCAUGCCUUACGUGAAUAUUCUUCUCGCAAUCGCAGUAGGUCAGCCUCAGUUGCAUCAAUGCGAAAGCUUAUCCAGAAGGUCCCAUCUGGGUGGGAGGCUGAAGCUGGGAGCACCAGUCAAGGGCUUUCUGGUGGUUCAGUUGCCAGGCAGUCCGUCAGAGUGGAUGCAUCAUCAGGGGUUGAAACAAUUUCAAGGAAAUCAUCAAAGAAAUGGAUUAGAAGGCUCCUGGUUAUUGGUGGCAUUGUUUGUCUGUCUCGAGGUCAGCCAUCACUUGGCACUUCGCUUGCCAUGGCAUGUAUACUGAAGAAGAUCACGAAACAGAGCCCAGCUUCUGGUCAAGUCACACCCACACCUGCCUUGCAAUCCAGAGGUGAACGUGGGCGUCGGGGUUGAUUAAUCUCUACAGCUCAAAAA